AUGCGCGGCCUUCUGAAGGCUGCUCUGUUGCUUGCGCCGGCGCUCGCAUCAGCUCUCGUCGUCCCGGAAGCAGAAGUCCAAGAGUUCGAUGCGAGUGUUAGACCCAUUGCUGACCAUUCCUUCGCACUUGUCAGUGUCGAUGUGCCUACCCAUUCCAGGUCACCUGAUGAAUGGGCCAGCCAAGUUCUAGGAUUUCGAAUCGAUGUGUUGAAAUCCGAGGCGGCUUGCGGCUUCGGAAAUCUUACGAUAAAUGGCCAGGUUCUUCCGCAAGCACUCGAGGACAAUGUGAUGGCUGGGAAAGGUUCAAUUUCGACGGAGCGAAAGGGUGUAGUCGUUGCAUCAUGGCAAUUUCACUGCAUCAAAGUCAACGGACAACCAGAGGCUCAGCUUUUAAAGCUUGUUGUUGAUCUCGUUGAUGGUAAGGCCACGAGGGAUGUCGGGUUCUCCGUGGCAUUCAAGCAGACUGGGGCGACGGAGAUCAUCAACAUCGAAACGGAUCUUUCUGUUCCGGAUGAAAUUGUGGCGAACCCCAACCCAGAAGGUCUCCAGCCAGUGAGCGGGCUCACUGACUCUACUCACUACAACAUUGAGGAAGACAUUGCAGAGCUUCAGUGGAUGAGAGCGCAACUCGAAGAAUUGCACUUUCUCAUCGCCGAGAAAGAACAGACAAUCUCUCAACACAUGUCAGACAACUUCCAUCAGGAUGUCAAGAAGUGUGACAACUUGAAAUGCGUCAUGAAGGCCCUUGCUGAUAAGGCUCGUAAAGCUACUCAUCAUAUUUACGGCAAGCUUAAUGGAUAUGAAGAGAUUUAUGAUGGCGAUCACGGUCAUGGCCAUCCCCCUAAGCCUCCACAUUGGAAGUGGCCCAAGAACCCAUUCCACCAUGGACCCAAGGGUAAUCACACCGACUGUCCGCCAAAGCAUGGGAAGGGAAACCAUACACACCCAGGUCCGCCAUUCAGAAAGCCUCAUUUUGGGCAUAACCCUCUACCAAUCUGCCGCUAUCCUCCACCACCUCCUCAUCACGGCAAACCCCCAGGAGGCCACCCUGGAGAUCACCGACCAGAGCCUCCUCAUCAUGGCCCACCUGGUCAUGGCCCGGAGCAUGAUGGACCGCCUCCACCCCCUCCUCCACCUCAUCAUGGCCCACCCGAUCAUG